AUGGGCUCACCCACGGUCGACUCGGCAUAUGCGGGCUCGCCAAGCCUAGACUCACCUAUUGUAUCGGAGCCCAAACACACCCAGCCUUGCGAUAGGUACCAGUGGACCAAGUCGGCCACUGGUCUGUAUGAGCGCGUUAUCGACGAGAUUGAGCGUUUCUACACCUCCUUUUGCCGGCGCACCGAAGACCCAGAUCACGCAGCUUUUGCCAUCACAGGAUGCGUCACCAUCGAGACCCCCUCCCAGAACAAGCAAGACACGUCUGCCAACCUCGAAUAUGCCAUUCGCAAUGCUUGGUUGACUCUGCGGAACGAAUGCCCAGCACUCGCAUCGUGGAUCCAGCAUGAUGCAAUCAGUGACACCUGGAAACGGUUCUACACACCUCUGCAUACCGUGAAUACCCAAAAAGAUGAGGAUGACUGGCUGUCAACGUCCUUUCAAGUGGUCGAUACACCACUCAGUGAGGCAGAGUGGCUCGACCUUGACCCCAAGCUACACAGAUCCAGCCAGCUCUUCUAUAUCAGGUCUUCUUCGUCCACUAGCAACAAGAGUAACCACCACCGAGCGACCAUCUUCUUCAGAGCCCCUCACGACAUUGUCGAUGGCCACGGUGUCUCGAAACUGCUGGAUCGCUUGAUAGAGUUGGCAGCGGAUCAGUAUCAAAGACCACGCAAGCCCCAGCUCGACUGGUCCCACGAAGCUUCCCGGCUCGCAGCGCCCAUGCGCGCCAUCGCGAAUCUGCCCGCGAGACCUUCUGACGCGCAAAUGGCCCGCUUCCGCGAAAAGAUGCAAAACAGCGCGGCAGCCGCCACAGGGGCGCCGCCGCUUGGGCUGCUACCAAGCGCGAGGGAGGGUACAACGAGUAAGAAGGAGCGCGCGAGCCUCCAUCUGUCUCCAGAGGCCACCACAGUGCUCCUCGAAUACUGCAAAGACAGAGGCUGGACGGUAACGCAUGCCAUCAGUGCUGCCGCUACGCUUGCACUGAAACAUAUUCAGAAGACCACUGGGGAGUCUAGGAAUAUGAGGUUUUACUUGCAAUCCAUGAUGAGCACUAGAUAUCUAUGCGAGGGGAGAGGCAGCUCGAUCCAAGAGGCAGCCUCGAACAACCACAUGGUCGCCAUCCAGGGGCUGGGAGUCGAUGUCACCGUUGGUUCCGCCGAGACCAGCGAUGACUUUGACCGCAUCGCUUCAACCAUGAAGGAGUAUUACAAAGAGGAACGCCCGCUGAGCGAUGAGGGCCCUGAGGUCAGUGAUUUGGGCCUUGCCCCUAUCCUGUGGUCGGCGGUAACGCCUCAAUCUCCUCCCGGCACGGUCAACGCAGACAGCCACACUAACAAUGCGAGUGUUGGCAUCUCGUCGCUGGGAGACAUGGCUUCGGUGGUGAAACCAGAACGAGCGCCUUUCACUCUGCAAGACGUCUGGGUCACGGGGGAAUGUUCAGGCUCAGCUGUGCCGCUAAUGGUCGGGGGAUGGGGCGGCAGGCUUGAGAUUGCCACAAUAUUUGACCGGGCGUACCAUGAGAGGGACAGGAUUGAGAGCUUUCUCGCUGAUAUACUGAGUAUUGUGCAGAAACAAGCGUGCGUCAGCACAGAUGAGUAG